AUGGCGUCUCCACAUGCACCCGUCCUCCGUGAAUCCUGAUUGGCCGUGUGCCGGUCUCGCACGAUGAUGAGCCCUGACGUCGCUACGUCGCCUCGCACGAUGAUGAACUCAGGUUGGCGCUGCGUCGCCUCGCACGACGAGAAGCCCUGAUUGUCGUUACGUCGCCUCGUACGACGAUGACCUCAGGUUGGCGCUGCGUCGCCUCGCACGAUGAUGAACUCAGGUUGGCGCUGCGUCGCCUCGCACGACGAGAAGCCCUGACUGUCGUUACGUCACCUCGUACGACGAUGACCUCAGGUUGGCGCUGCGUCGCCUCGCACGAUGAUGAACUCAGGUUGGCGCUGCGUCGCCUCGCACGACGAGAAGCCCUGAUUGUCGUUACGUCGCCUCGCACGACGAUGACCUCAGGUUGGCGAUGCUUCGCCUCGAUUCUGACUACCAGUCUCACAAUGCCGACCACUGAUUUACCUUGUCGGCCACCGGUCUCAAGCUUCUAGAAGAUGGCCACGCUUCGUUGUCCCUGAUACCAAGGCACGACGACUUGACUAGAAUUCCAACGAUUGCCGUUGAUUUCUUCCGCCUCUUGGGCUUCCUCGAUGUCCUCCGUCGACCUCUAACCGAAUCCGGCUCGAAGGACCACAAUGUUCGAGGAAAUGAUAAUGAUGCUGGGUUUUCACUUAGUAGCAGUAAAAGAACACGUUUUGUCUUACUCGUGUAUUGUGGCCAUCUUGUCUUUUUCCCCCUCUCCAACCAUUUUACAUAGUUCGCGUUAGAGCGGAUACUCAAAGCAUAGUUCGCCUUAGGGCGGAUAAUCAAAGCAUAAACUUAAACUUAAACACAUUUAAAUGUCUAUAAUAAUAUAGUUUACAUAUUUACGUACAACAUUUUGAACAAAUAAUGUUAGAUUUAGAAAUAUUAAUUGCCAUGCACCUGGUUCGGCACACGAUGCAGCAGUCUUCAAAGAAUCAAAUUUGUUUCGGUACAGCAAAUAUUUAUUACCACUGGUGAGAUAA